AUGAAGGAUGAGCUUCCAGCGGAUCCAACAAUUAGCUUUUAUGGGAGGGUGCAAAAGUUUAUUACCUAUAUUAGGUCAGUUAAAAGUGAAAUGAAAAAGGCAAAGGGCGUUAAGAAGUCCGUGAUACAGAAGCAGCUAUCUGGGAAUGACUAUAAGAGAAUAAUCGAAGGAGGAGGGAGGGUAUUGAGAAAGAUGCAUACCUCUAAAAGCAAACUACAUGAUAUGUACACAGAUAACGUUGCUCUAGCACAUCAUGACGAUAAAAGGUUCAUUAUUCCUAACACCACAAAAACUUUACCUUGUGGACACUCUGAUAUUGAGUUUUACCAGACUGACCCCUCGUUGAAUGUUAAAUAUGCUAUAGAUGCAAUAUGA